UGUGCGCAGAUCGCAUCCUCAGAGGAGAGUGGAAAGGAAAGAGGAGGAGGAGGAGGCGGUGUAGGAGGCAGGAAAACAAGCGAACCGAGGGAGCGGAGAGCUGGAGUUGUGUUUACUGCUCGCUGGGAUAAACGCAAGAGAAAGACUCAGACUUCCAGUCAUCCAGGGCGGAGAAUCCUCUGUGGGUUCAUAGAGGAGGAAGAGGAGGAGUAAACCUGCGGUUACAGAUUAUACCGACAAAAACACAGCAAGGGAGAAUUAUCAGGCGGUUGUUAUUAUAAUCCUAAAUCACCAAGUGGAAUAAGCUUUUGCAGUCACCAGCGAUGGACAGCUGUCGGCACUGAGUUCUCUAGUUGUUCUGAUGACCAAAGGCCCUCAUGGCGCUUCUUCAUGAAUCACGUGCCCCCUCGCCGUCUCUUUCCGGCUUCAACAGUCCACUCUCCGAUGCUCCAUCUUACCGCUACCUCGAUGCCGAAACACCCUGCACCCCAGAAAUGGACCUUACCCCGACCCAGUGCGUCCUUCGCAACGUCCUCUCCAUGGACACCGGAGGUUCUGUCGAGCCCGGGGGUGGAGGAGGAGGAGGAGGAGGAGAGGGGCACACGGCUGCACACAACCAGACACCGAGCGAGGAACAACAGGAGCACUUUGCCAACAGUGUCCUGAAGCUUCAUGAGCAGGAUGGAAGGACGGAGGGAGAGGGGCAGGAGAUGGAUGGCAGCUGCGUCAGGAGCCAAGCCGAUGCCGCCAGGCUACAGUGCCAGUCUUCCGGAGGGGGAGGAGGGUUUCUGGAGGGGUUGUUUGGGUGUCUGCGACCCGUUUGGACUAUGAUCGGCAAAGCUUACUCCACAGAGCACAAACACAGCGUGGACGAGUCGUGGGAGAUCCCAUUCGAAGAGAUAUCUGACCUGCAGUGGGUGGGCAGCGGAGCGCAGGGCGCCGUCUUUCUGGGCAAGCUGCACGGACAGGAAGUGGCUGUUAAGAAACUGCGAAACAUCAAGGAGACAGACAUCAAGCACCUGCGCAAGCUCAAACACCCCAACAUCAUCACUUUCAAAGGUAUUUGUACCCAGGCUCCGUGCUACUGUAUCAUCAUGGAGUACUGUGCCCAGGGACAGCUGUAUGAGGUGCUGAGAGCAGGCAGGCAGAUACAUCCAUCCCUGCUCAUGGACUGGGCCAUGGGCAUCGCUGGGGGCAUGAACUAUCUUCACCUCCACAAGAUCAUCCACAGAGACCUCAAGUCUCCAAACAUGCUGAUCACUUACGAUGACGCAGUCAAGAUUUCAGAUUUUGGCACGUCCAAGGAGCUCAGUGACAAGAGCACCAAGAUGUCCUUUGCUGGUACGGUGGCCUGGAUGGCUCCUGAAGUGAUACGCAACGAACCAGUCUCAGAGAAAGUGGAUAUUUGGUCUUUCGGUGUGGUGCUGUGGGAGAUGCUGACAGGAGAGGUGCCCUAUAAAGAUGUGGACUCCUCGGCUAUCAUCUGGGGAGUGGGCAACAACAGCCUCCAUCUGCCUGUACCUGAUAGCUGCCCCGAAAGCUUCAAACUGCUCCUGAGGCAAUGCUGGAACUGCAAGCCAAGAAACAGGCCUUCCUUCCGACAGAUUCUCCUGCAUCUUGACAUCGCGUCAGCCGAUAUCCUAUCGACUCCACAAGAAACCUACUUCCAGACUCAGGUGGAGUGGAGGGAUGAGGUGAGGCACCACUUUGAGAAGCUGAAGUCCGAGGGGACGUGUAUUCACAGGCUGGACGAUGAGCUGCUCAAAAGACGCAGAGAAGAACUCAGACAUGCACUGGACAUCCGGGAGCACUACGAGAGGAAACUGGAGAGAGCCAACAACCUCUACAUGGAACUCAACGCCAUCAUGCUGCAGUUGGAGAUCAAAGAGAAAGAACUUCACAAGAGGGAGAAUUCACUGGACAAGAAGUACCCGGGCUGCGUCAAGCACCAGAGCUCCAGACAGUCGGCCUCCUCCAACUCGAUGGAGAAGCUCAUGAAGAAACGCAACGUACCUCAGAAGCUGCCUUCAUACAGCAAGAGGCCAGACUUACUAAAGUCCGAGGUCAUCCUCCCCAAACUGGACUCUUCCAUGACCCAGGUCACAAUCCCCAACAAGGGCUCUACCUCACCUGGCCGCUCACGCCGAGGGAAACCCCGCUACAGGAAGGCUGGGAAAGGCAGCAGUGGGGACUUGGCUCAGCUGAAAGCCACUCUCUCCUCUUCAUUAGCCAUGGUCAACUCCACCUCCUCUGUUCCCAACAGCAAGCAGCAUUUAGACCCAAGCGCAGCCCUCAGAGGCCUGCAGCACGAUCUGCUGCUCAAGAAGAUGUACUCCUCAAGCCCGGAUCUCAUUUCAACCACCUUGGAGGCGGAAGGCCGGAGGAAGGGGGAGGUCAGGCCGGGGCUGGAUAGAGCGGGCAGCCAGAGCGCAUCCGCCGGGCUCGGGGAGAGUAGGACUGGAGGACCCGAGGAGGGACCGGAUGUGAAUGUAGGGACAGAUGACCCGGCUGAAACACCUCCACGCAGUGACACGCCCAGCGAGGAUGCAGCUUCCAUCCCGUUCUCAAGUAGCCCCGAUUCUCCGUGCGGCAGGGGGGCCGCCGCGGGCAGGCCGUCGGUGCUCGGAAACCCCCGUUCUUCCCACGAGGGCGAGGAGAAGGAGGACGGGGUGGUGAUCACACGCUCGCCCAAAAGUCAGCGCCUCACUCCUGCUGCACUGCUCUACAGGGCAGCAGUCACACGCAGUCAGAGACGUGGAGUGUCGUCAGAGGAAGAGGAAGGAGAGGUGGACAGUGAAGUGGAGUUGCCAAGGAGACGGCGUCCCGUGAGCAUGAGCAAGUGCCAGUCCCUGUCCACCUUCAGCUCAGAGAACUUGUCAGUGUCGGACGGCGAGGAGGGAAACACCACCGACCACUCCCACAGCGGCACCCCGGACGUGGUCAGCACCAACACCGACGAGCGUCUUGACGACAAGAGCGACGACCUGCUGUCUCAGGGCUCGGAGAUUCCCGCUGACCCCUCCGACUCGACCCAGCUGGGCUCUGAAGGGUUGUCUGAGAAGGAAGCUAUUCUCCUACAAGUCAAGACCCAGCUCGGCCUGUAUGAUGACUCUGACUGUGACAGUGCAGAGCUGGACCAUUCAGGCAGUGCGGAGCCCAGCCAACCGCCAGCCAACUGGUGAAAAGCUGACACCUCAACCCCCUCAAACUCCUGCAGAUCUGGCCUGCGAAUGCCUCGUUUACUCGAUGAGACCUUUGAAUACACAGAGACAUGAUCAGGGACAUUGCAGAGAGGCAGGAAAUCGCGAGCAAGAAGACAAAACAAACCCUUGGUGAGUGUUCUCAAAAAACUGAUAUUGGGGCGGUGGGGUGGUGGGUAGAGAAAUUCACGUUUCAUUAAAGAUAAAUUGGUCAGAGUGAAACUGAAUUGGGGCACUAUAGCCGAGCUGACAGAGCAGCAGCUGUCAUAGCAACUGGCCCAAAAUCAGCUUUACCAAAGCACCUCAACAACCGAGGCUUCAGUCAAAGAGGCCAUCCACACAACCGUCUCUCUGAACGUCUCCUUUCAUCUUCCAUGUCAAUUUGUGUUUUUCAUCUCCAUUAUAAAAAUGUGUCACAUUAUUUCACAUCAUGUCAUAUGAGAACAUGAUUAUAAGAUCUUAUCAGGGUGUCAUUAAAGUCUAAUGUUUCUGUUGUCAACGUCACUGGGACAUCCGCUGAUGUUGCUGCUUGCACUUAAUUCAUGAAAUGUACUGAUUUCCUCGUGAUCAUCGUGUCAUAUUGCAUUUUCUCUCAAAAACAUUAUGCACUGACUAAUUUAUUAUUAUUAAUGACAUUCGUAAAAAAAAAAAAAAGUUUACAAUUUUCAUUUGUAUUGUUUACAAGUUUUAUUUAUAUUUAUGUCAUGGAUUAUGUUUCCAUUUUCUACACCUGUGUUUUAAUAUCUAUGUAAAUAUGUGAUGUUGUAAAAUGAACAAAUUUUAAAAAUGUGAGAUUGUAUCAUUUAAAGGUGCUGAUGUUUCUAAUUAGGUGGCGCUAAUCUAUUUGAACCUCAAAAAGCUUCUGGUAGUAGAAUGUACUGUAGCUGCUGUUCAUGUCCGAGCAUCAAAACAAAGAAAAAAGAGGAACAUGUGAACAAAGAAAAAGCAAUAUGUCUGCUCCGGUCAUGUCACAGGUCAAAGGAACCACAGCUGACUUCAUUCAGGGCAGAUGGGCUUUUAUUUAAAUUAGUAUUGCUGUGUCUACUGUAUUAAAAUGCAAUACCAGUCUGAACCCCUUUUUGAACAUCUCGGAGUGUAUAUAGCAUCAGAGAAGCAUGCUUGUAAUACAGUAUGGAUGGCUUAUUGGUGACUAGAAUAUUAAAUACAUCCAUCCAGCAACUGACUGAAGGCAUAUGAAUGACAGGGACUCAAAACACCCAAAUAACUCAGAAAGGCAAAAUAUGACAUUCAUUUGAUAGUUUUCUGCUUUCACGGCCACACGGUUGCAGUGUACCAGUGCAGACGAUGACGAUUUGCAUUUUUCAUAAAUCAGUUUUUGUGACACUUAGGAAUGUUAAGUUUAGUAGAACACAAAGCUAUAUCUGUGGCAGAAUGAUAUUUAUUGUAAGUUUAAUCAGUAAUGCUGAAAAAUGUGUCCUCAAAAAAAAUAAGGCCUGUGAUAUGAUUUAACCACUUUUACUUAAUGCCCCCAACAUAGCAGAAUAAUUUAGAUGAUGCUUUACAAGUCCAUAAUAUGGCUUUGUUUUACAGAAAGGUCACUGACAUUGCCCAACUCACCAGCCAACAGUAAUUAUUUUACUAGUGUGCAAGGGCUCCGUCAUAAAACAGUGUGAUGCACAACACUCUGGUUUUGAUGUCCUUGUGUCCCUCGACAAGCCUUCUUGUGUGCAUGUGGUUCAAUCAGACUGCAUCAGGUCCCGCUCAAAAAGCUAGAAAAGGCAGCUUUGUUUUUUAUCUGGUGUUAAGUUUUAAACAAAUACAUUUGUAGAAUAUUUUAAACAGAUUGUACCCCCAAGAUUUAAAGCUCGGAAUCGUCCUGCAGGAUACAAUGUUGCCACAAAGCAAAACUACUGCCCUCUAGUGUCUCGCUUGUGGAGGUAUUUGUGUUUCCGAUGAUGCCGAUUGAAAAAACCCUGUAUGAACCGAAACGUUUGCUUUUUCUAUUAUUGUAACUGUACAAUAAAUAUAUUUAAGAAACAAUUUAAAAUAAAAUCCAACCUAUAAAAUCUCAA